UUUGGAGUCAUUCAUGCCGGGCCCGGGCGCCCACGUGACGAGGCGUUUGGCGUGGGAGCGCCUCCCCGAUAGGCUGGCAGUGGCUUUGGCAGCCGCCUGAGGCAAACAGGGACGGAAAGGGAAGCCGGAGGAAGAUACAAAGUGGCUGCGGAGGAGACGUUUCUGGGCCGGCGCCGGCGCCAGCCAUCAGCGAGCGAGCCAGCCCCGGGCUCUUUUCCAGGGUGUGAUGCCUCCUAAAAGGCGUGGAAAAAGCAACCUCCCUAUACCUCUUCAAGAAGGAGUAAUACUGAAAGAUACUGAAAGAAGGGAGUGGAGACUAGGGCGUAUGAUUGCCCAGGGAGGAUUUGGCCUGAUCUACCUAGCUUCCCCUCGCCUUGAUGUUCCUGUUGAAGACAGUGCAGUGCAUGUCAUUAAAGUGGAAUAUCUUGAAAAUGGACCCUUGUUUUCUGAACUGAAAUUCUACCAGCGAGCUGCAAAACAAGAGCAUAUCAAGAAGUGGAUGAAGCUCAAACGGUUAGCAUUUUUAGGAAUUCCUUUCUUCUGGGGAACUGGCCAGGCUGAACACAAUGGCAAAAGCUACAGAUUUAUGGUGAUGGAAAGAUUAGGAGAGGAUCUGCAAACCAUCUUUGAAAGAGAAGGGCGAAAGUUCAACAAGGAAACUGUUCUGCAGAUUGGAGUUAGAAUGCUGGAUGUCUUGGAAUACAUUCAUGAACAUGAGUACGUUCAUGGGGACAUUAAAGCAGGAAAUUUACUUUUGGGCUACAAAAAUCCACAUGAGGUUUAUCUUGCUGAUUAUGGACUCGCCUACAGAUAUUGUCCCAAUGGGAACCACAAAGAGUAUCAGGAAAAUCCUAAAAAGGGCCAUAAUGGGACAAUAGAGUUUACCAGCUUAGAUGCCCACAAGGGAGUAGCACCAUCCAGACGAGGGGACCUUGAAAUUCUUGGCUACUGCAUGCUUCAGUGGAUGUGUGGGAAUCUACCCUGGGAGAGGAAUCUGAGGAACCCCGAGGCUGUGCGAGAUGCAAAAGCAAAGCUCCUGGAUGAACUCCCAGAUUCAGUGAUAAGGUGGGCCCGUUCAGGAACGGACUGCAGUGAAAUAGCCAGUUUUUUGAAGAAUAUGUUUGAUUUAGCAUACAAUGAAAAGCCUAAGUACGAAGCACUAAAGAAAAUCCUCUUGAAUGGUCUGGAACACAAAGGAAUCUCUUCUAACGGGACACUGAACUUUAGUGCUGCCAAAAGCACUCUGAAUGAAUCUGCUGCUAAUCGCAAGAAAGCUGAUUUGCCAAAGCCAACGCCGAGGCAAGUUAAAGAAGUAAAGGAAAGCAAGUUGGAAAACAAGGAGCUCUCCUCUCAUAGAAAAACCAUUGUGGGAAUGAAAAGCAGCCAAGUACAAGAUGAGUGGAUGCUGGCUGGACUGAACGAGCAACUUCAAGCUGAAGUGCCCACGGAGAUUGGAGGAAAGCCAGCUGGAGCCGCAACAGAUGUUUACAGGAGGAGCUUAGGUAAGGAACGUAGAGAACCACCACACAGAAUGUGUCUCUGCAACAGCUUCCAACAAAUUGAAGAAAAAUCCACAGAAAAUGGAAUUACAUAUUCACCAACCUGUCAACCAGAACAUUUUCAGACUUUGACUAGCUCUUCUGUAUGCAUCACUUCACAGUCUGGACUACGUGAAGAAUUGUACCAAUACAUUAUAGCCAUCACCAUCCUCUUCUUCUUAAUAUUGCUUUCUCUUUAUUUCCUUUGAUACCGUCUCUAAUGUGUUAGUGUUUUUAGACUGCAUGGAUAUGUAGUUACAAGUUCUCUGAAAUUCCAUUUCAGACUUUCUUCAUAGACAUUUUCAGUGUUAUUGGCUGGAAUGAUUUUUCAAAUCAGAGGUGAGUUGUUAGAAAAUUAAAAUCAAUAAACUUCUUGAGUUUUGCUUACA